AGGGGGGCAUUGCCCUCUCUGGGCCUCACUGGGCCUUGGGAAUGGUCUACAUGCCCGUGGAGCACAUACCCUGCCAAGAGAGAGGUUACCUGGACAUGAGAAGACAGAAGACACGGUUGCCCUUCCCAGGUCAGCACCCAUCCCAGGUGGUGAAGGAUGCCACUCUGGGUAUUCCUCUUCUUCGUGACGGUCACCCUCAGCAGCAGCUCCCACUGUUCCCCGCCCCUCUCUCUGCCCCUCAGGAUGCAGCGGUACGCAGAUGCCAUCUUCACCAACAGCUACCGGAGGGUGUUGGGCCAACUGUUCGCCCGCAAAGUGGUCCAGGACAUCGCAAACCGGCCGCAGGAAGAGGGGAACCAGGAGCAAGAAGCCAGAAUGCGGCUUGGCCGUCAGGGAGACAGCAUGUGGACAGACCAAAAGCAGGUGGCACUGGAGAGCAUGCUGGUGGCCCUGCUGCAGAAGCACAGGAAGAAUUCCCAAGGAUGAAGAUUCCAGGCUAAGGUUGGACCACUGCUACCCAAAACACAACUCGAUCCAGUUAAACCCAGUUCAGUUCUGACCUUUUUCCUUUUAUAUACAAUAAAAUUUCCCAAUACUGG